AGUCCUCGCGGGUGGCUGCACGCCAACUUUGAGCACGGCUGCACGAAUCCCGGAGCUCCGUGCUCGGGUGCAGGCAUGAUCGGCCAGAAGACCCUCUACUCUUUCUUCUCCCCGACCCCCACGGGGAAGCGGACCACGCGCAGCCCGCAGCCGGCCCCAGAGAGCGGAGUGACGGCCGAGAACAGCAGCGAUGCGGCGGCCAGCCCCGCCAAGAAGGCCCGGGUGGAGCAGGAUGAGCAGGCCACGCCGCCCUCUUCGCCGCUUAGCGCCGAGCAGCUCGUCCGCAUCCAGAGGAACAAGGCCGCCGCGCUACUCAGGCUCGCCGCCCGCAAUGUGCCCGCCGGCCUCGGCGAGAGCUGGAAGCAGCAGCUGUGCGGGGAGUUCGGGAAGCCGUACUUCGUCAAGCUCAUGGGCUUUGUUGCUGAAGAAAGGAAACACCACAAGGUCUAUCCGCCCCCGGAGCAGGUGUUCACGUGGACCCAGAUGUGCGACAUCCGUGAUGUGAAGGUUGUCAUUCUGGGACAGGAUCCAUAUCACGGACCUAAUCAAGCUCACGGGCUCUGCUUCAGUGUCCAGAGGCCAGUUCCACCCCCGCCCAGUUUGGAAAACAUUUUUAAAGAACUGUCUACAGACAUCGAUGGUUUUGUUCACCCUGGCCAUGGGGAUCUGUCAGGGUGGGCCAGACAAGGUGUCCUCCUCCUCAACGCCGUCCUCACUGUCCGCGCACACCAAGCCAACUCCCAUAAGGAGCGGGGCUGGGAGCAGUUCACGGAUGCAGUUGUGUCGUGGCUGAAUCAGAACCUGAAUGGCCUUGUCUUCCUCCUCUGGGGCUCCUAUGCUCAGAAGAAGGGCAGUGCCAUCGACAGGAAGCGUCACCAUGUCCUGCAGACAGCUCAUCCCUCCCCGCUGUCGGUGUACAGAGGGUUCUUUGGAUGUAGACAUUUUUCUAAAGCCAAUGAACUGCUCCAGAGGUCUGGCAAGAAACCCAUCAACUGGAAGGAGCUGUGACCCUGAGGGCAGUGUCUGUCUACAGCAGGGCUUUCCAGUGCUGCUGCUGAAGCAUUCGCCCUUAGAGCGUUACUGAAAAUGGCCCUGUUCUUCAGUUCCCUGUGGGAGCAGAGAAGAGAAACAGAUAGGUCUCUCUAGAACCACCAUGAGCCGCCAGGACACAGAAACUGUGGCUUAACCAGGCAGAACCCCUCCAGGCCCCGCAAGGUGGCUGUUGAAACACCGACUUCUCAGAGACCAGCAGCCGCAUCCUCGGUCUGUGGGCUGCCUGGGGUUUGAGGAGAGAGCUGUAACUUUUGACCAGCAGUUCGGUGCCAGCUGCUGUCCGCUGCCCUGUGCUGUUCGCUUUGCCCUUUAGCGUUAGAUAACAGAGUGUCCGGGUGUGUGCUUCCAAAGGCCCUUUUGUCUCAAGGAACCCAGGGGUGAGUCCUGGGAAGUCUGGCUUACAAUAGAGUCUGCUUCCUGGUCACAAAGAGCGUGGGUGUCUCCUGGGCUCACCAGUGGCUGCUGUCUAGCCUGCUUCUUGGCUCACUUGGCCUUGAGCAGGUGCUGGAGUCCAGCACAGCAGAGACUGGGUUUGAUUUGUUUUAACUGAGGGGGGUGGUUUUUCUAGUGCCUGUGGAGUUAACUGUUUCCUCACAGCAGACUGCCUGCCACACGUGCUGUGUGUGGUGGUGGGAUCCAACUCCGAGGUGCUGUUUUGUUUAUGGGCUGAAUUCACACAGAUUGUGCCUUUCUGCAACACCGGAGAAUGUUAUAUUUUUACGAGGUAGGCAGGUACUUUUAUAUUUUUUCUUUCCUUACUUGGGAGACUGGAGAGCGGCUGCGUAAGCAGGACAAUAAAAGCUAGUUGAACCUUG